AUGUUGUUUCUACAUUUUUUUUUCUCACUUUUGGCUUGUAUUCAACCCAGUGCUCAAAUAACAUAUGUGUGUAAUUCAAAUACAGUAUGUGGCUGUUCGAAAAAUUCUGCCUCAGUUACAAAGAUUGUCGGGGGAGAAACGGCUCCUAUAAAUACAUGGGGUUGGGUUGUGUCUCUUCUCAUUAACGAAGAAUGGUUGUGUGGUGGUACAAUUUUAUCAAACUCUUGGAUUCUGACAGCAGCACACUGUGUUGAAAAUAUAAAUCCUUCGCAAGUAAUAAUAUCUGCUGCAACAGAUCAGUUGCUGGGUAUGAAACAAUGGCGACAGGGAUCUUCUGUUAUUUUGCAUCCACAGUAUAAUGAUACUUUAUUACAAAACGAUAUUGCCUUGAUUCAAGUCUCACCAUCAUUCAAUAUGACAGAUGAAAGUAUUUCAAAAAUAUGUUUACCAAUCUCAACAACAGAAGAUUACCCACCAAUUAACUCAACACUUGUUGCAAUUGGAUGGGGAGAAUUGCAGGAGAAUGGUACUAUAUCUGACACGCUUCAACAAGUGACACUUAAACGCAUUCAAUAUGACAGUUUUGCAUGUUAUCUACUCAUUAACAAUGAAACAAUGCAGUUUUGUGCAGGUGAUCUUAACGGUGGUAAAGAUACAUGUAAUGGUGACUCUGGUGGUCCUCUAAUGAUGUUCACUUCAAGUCAACAAUGGGUUGUAGUUGGUAUUACAUCAUAUGGAUAUGGAUGUGCACGCGCAUAUUUGCCUGGUGUUUAUACUCGUGUUGCUUACUAUUUAGACUGGAUUCGCUCAAUGAAUGUGACUGGUGCAAUAACGGUUGACAUUGUUACUACCACUACGAUGGCAACUUCCUCUAUUAUGAAUAUGAUAGCAACACUGACAGAUAAUAGAUCAAAUUCAACAAAUGGCAGCUUAUCUUGUUAUCCAUUUUUUUAUACAUUAUAUAUUAUAGCACCGAUCCUGUUCUAUUUUAUUCUUAUUUUAUCAUAA